AUGCAUUUAAACCCACUCAGCCUGCAUCAUGUUCCUGGCCUCUUCAACAUCGAGACUCUUAAUCUGGACAUCUCUUACCUCGCCAUGGCAUCUCGAUCAACGGCGAAAGCCAAUCUCGACCACCUCCCAACCGAGAUCCUUGAACGGAUUAUUUUCUCCAUCACAGACCUCCGAUCAAUCUAUCACCUCGUCGUGGCUAGCCCCGCCGCGUCUCGCGUCUUUGAGUCCUCAGAAGUAGGACCGAAAGCUCUCGACCAUGUACUCACCGGGUCCAUGUCACCCCACGUGGUCGAGCUGGUCCGCCUUGUCGGCCUAAUCCGCACCGCAACCCCAGAACGCCCACCGACAUCAUCGCUUUCAGAUUUUGUCGAGAAGUACACCAAAUGCCAAGACGGCUCGGCCUCGUCUAUCGCCUCAGCCGCACCGAACCUCGCGAGCUCGCUUCGUGGCCAAUCUCCUCAGCUCGUCCGGGGCAUGCUCUUGACUGCGCGACGCAUCUGCUGCCUAGCAUGGGCCUGUCUCGAAUACUACCGCAGCCGAUGGUCGUCCGUCACACCGGCUCACCUCGAAGGCCCGUUUGCUUGGGGCGCUGGUCGUGAAAAGCCUUGGCGCCAGAAUCCUCCCGGGAAGACGUACGAACUACAGCCCAUCGGACCAUCUUGCUGGAUGGAGGAGCAACGCGUGAUGCGCGGGUUUUGGAGAUUGCAGCUGCUGUUCGACCUGAACAUCGCGGCCUCCGAAGGUCGCUUGGGCUGGACUUCGGAGAACGGUCAAGGCGAGAUUACCUCUGACGUCCUCUUUGAGGGCUGGACUUGGCAGAAGGAGGAGUUUCUUACUGUCGUGGACUUUGUCGAACAUGUCCAAGGCGGCCCAAUUCUUUCACAAGGCUCUCGGCGUCUUCCGGCCCCUCCUUCAGACUACGAUUCCGCAAAGGAGUGGCAAGACCCAGUCUCGCCGGGAGUGGAAGACCCUAGAUGGUCACGAGAGGAGGAAUCAAAGCUCCAACCACCAUGUUGGACGUUUUACGUGGUCAGGCUCUUGAAGAAUCCGUACUCGCCCGUCCGUGGGGUUCCGUUCUGGCCGUACCGUCAGCUGGGACUGGCUAUUUGGGAACAAGACAAGCUAGAAGCCUUGGAACUAUCGUAUACGCCAUAUGCUUCCAAGGGCGGUAAGCAAUCGCCAUCAUCAGGCGACCAAGUUUUCACCUGGAGAAGUCUCCUAAGCCCGGAGCUCAUUGCCGAAUUACAGAUGGCCAUGGAAGAGGACUGUCAGAAAAACGGAUUUCGGUUCAACCGCGGAAAUCCGGACAUGUGA